CGUCAGUGCACCAGUUGGACUCUGAUAUAAAUAUUACGCCAGUCGUGUGCCGCUUGUGCAUCCAGUAUGUGGAUUUUAUGGCUCUGCUACGCUUUUAUUGGAAAGAUUCAAUAUUGUUGGCGUGUUAGCUCUGUGCUACGUUAUCGUGUGAAGUUCUGAGUGGAUUUUCAUGGAAUCUGGCUCUCUCCAAGUCAAGUUAUCGGUGCCCAAGUCUCUUUUCGUUCACGGUAAGAGCGAGGGAGUGUCUCGUUUUUCCGACAGAACAGCUGCUUCAUUUCACCUAACCUCAAAGACAAGGAGAGGAAGGCGUGUCGUGCUUCGUGGUUAUAAUUCGUCUCGUGUCGCAGUUUUCCUUUGCGCACGCACUUAAAUGCGUUGAAUUUCCAUACAGCAUACAAUCUGAGAUUUUAUCAUCCUCAUCUGUAACCGGCUGAUGAUGCAACUUUCCAAGGAGGAAUAAAAGGGCUUGAUAAAGUGGAUCUGUUGGGAAAUAUUGUCUUUUGCAUCAGCUGUAUCCAGUAUUGUGGAUGAAGGGUUAUUCUUUCUUUUUCUUCGAAAUUUGCAAGUGGAUUUUUCUUCGCGUUCCUAAUCCACUAGUCUAUUGCGUCUUUUCGCUCCAAUUUGUCCAUCGCUCUUAACUCCUUCCCCUUUUACUACCUUCUUAAAAUUAUAUUCUCAUUUUCAACUUACUAAUUUUGUACCUGAUACCUAGCAUUACACUGUAGCCCUGGGCUUCGAAAAAGAUACGAAAAAGUGUACGAAGACAAAUGCCACAUCGAAAAUUAAGUUUGCGGAUCUGGUUCUAUUUUAACCAAUGAACUAAAGAGUGAACUCACUGUCGUUGCUAUACAGUAAAGGGAAUUGCUACAAAGUAGGGAAAUUUCAUUGAAUCGGAUUAGGCGGGCAGAGUAUGAGCAGAAGUAAGAGUCUUCUUCGUAGCGCUCUCUGACUCUUUGGUUUCUGGGUAGUUAUGGCUGCUUUGGAUAACAAAAUGGGGUAGCGCACAUGAACCUUCUAACAUAAAUGGGUUAAAUGGCUAUGAACGACGCCAAGUAUGACGCCGUUCUUCGCCCGUUGCAAAAUGGCGAUCGUAGUUUUUUGGAAGCACAACAAGUGGCGUCAAGGAUAUCGGUGUCCUAUUCGAAAGUGAAGCCUUCUUUCGAAGGUAGAAUUAAUCAAUUAAUAGGAAGGGAACUUUACCUGUGCUAUUUCAUACUUUUUAACUAUAUUGCCUAAUCUCUUAAAAUUGUAGGAAGAGUGAUUUAGAUAUAAGCAGACGAACAAAUUCUUACGACUCAACUUAAAAGGUUUGCAAAAUUUCUCUUAGGCAUCUCUGUCAUUGGCAAUAUUAGCGUUUAGCCAUUCGUGUGAAUCGGUAGAUCUUUGUACAAAUGUAAAUAGUAUACAUCUUCAGCAGAAUGAGUUUAGCCGCGACUCGCGAAUAGCCAUAGCUUCAGAUCUCUUAUUGUCCCAUCAAAGUUCCUGGACUUUUCAUUCCACUUCUUCGUCCCAUUUUUUUCCCCGAUUUUUUUCAUAAUCUUGUAUUUCGACACCCAUGACCUCGGAUGUGCAUUGCGACUAUCUGAAAUGAGGGAACGUACGGAAACAAAUCGGUAAUAAUCUUUUCGUGCCGCUCAUUUCUUCCACUGGUGCCAGAGAAGACGAAAUAGUGAAAGCUAAAAAGCAGAGUUCAUAUCAAGAAAAAGAAGAACUUGACAGUUGACAGUGAUUAUAGCAAUGACGAUUUCUACCGGUGAAGGUAGCGUCUUUCUUCUGGGUGCAGUUGGUCCACGAUGUGUCGUCAAACAAGCUACCGUCAAACGAUGCGUAGCGGCACUGCUUCUGAUCUCUGUCGCGAGUAUCUUCUAUUACACCCACUACAUCAUAAGCAGCCCCUUCUCCAGUUUGAUACAUCGAGACACGCGGCCUGAACCGGUGAUAAGAUGUUCAACGCUUAGGGGUGCAACGAGAUUACCAGCGGCUCCGGACCAUCGCAGCGAAGCCAGGUUGAGAAUUGACCCGAAGGUUUUGGUCUUCACCGAGACUCUUUACUCCAGGCUUGGUCGAGAGAUCGCUGAACUUCUUGAUUAUAAUCGAAUCAAACACAAGCUCGAGGUGGCAGGGAAGUCACUGCCUGUGCUAACGAAUCUGGACAAGGGUCGCUAUGGAGUGUUAAUCUUCGAGAAUCUUAAUAAGUACUUGCAGAUGGAUAAAUGGAAUCGUGAGCUCCUGGAUAAGUACUGCCGAGAGUAUUCCGUGGGUAUUGUCGGGUUCGCACCUCCAGGCGAAGAGAGUCUUGUUGGUGCGCAACUAAAGGGCUUCCCUCUCUUUAUUCACACCAACCUGAGGCUAAAGGAUGCUCAACUGAACGCUGCAUCGCCGAUACUCCGACUAACGAGAGCAGGGGAGACAGCCUGGGGUGCGCUUCCUGGAGGGGAUUGGACCAUCUUUCAAGCCAAUCACAGCACGUACGAGCCUCUCGCUUGGGCCCACCGAAACACCCUUGACUUCUCCAAUAAUAGGAAUCCUUUGGCGACCGUUGUUCAGGAUCAUGGAAGGUAUGAUGGCAUUCAGAGGGUGCUUUUUGGCGGCGGGCUGCGCUUUUGGUUACACAAACUCCUCUUACUGGAUUCGAUCUCCUAUCUCUCGCAUGGCCAGCUCAGUCUUAGCCUCAAUCGUAUGAUUCUCGUCGACGUUGAUGAUAUUUUCGUCGGCGAAAAAGGCACUCGCCUCAAGAAGGACGAUGUACUUGCUCUGCUGGCAACUCAGCAACGCAUUCAGAGUCUGGUAACUGGGUUCAAAUUUAAUCUUGGCUUUUCUGGAAAAUACUUUCAUCAUGGGACAUUUGAGGAAAAUCUGGGAGAUGACAUGCUUCUUGAAAAUGUCGACAGAUUCACAUGGUUCUCUCACAUGUGGAAUCACCAGCAGCCUCACCUGUAUGAGAAUGUGUCACACCUGCAGUCGGACAUGGCACUGAAUAAGCAAUUCGCAAAGAAGCAUGGGAUUCCAACUGCGACUGGAUAUAGCGUCAGUCCUCACCAUUCGGGGGUCUACCCCGUCCACGAAGGUCUUUACGAAGCAUGGAAGAAAGUCUGGAGCAUUAAGGUUACCAGCACCGAGGAAUAUCCCCACCUAAGACCGGCGCGCCUUAGACGUGGCUUUAUUCAUCGGAAUAUUAUGGUACUUCCACGGCAAACGUGCGGUUUGUUCACGCAUACCAUAUUUAUUGAAAGAUAUCCGGGCGGAAGGGACAAGCUGGAUGAGUCCAUUCAAGGUGGCGAGCUUUUCCAAACGAUUGUCUAUAAUCCCAUCAACAUAUUCAUGACGCACAUGUCCAACUACGGAAACGACCGGCUAGCUCUUUAUACUUUUGAGUCGGUUAUCAAAUUUAUUCGGUGUUGGACGAACCUAAGACUUUCUAGCGCACCGCCCCUUGAGCUGGGCGAACGAUAUUUUCAGCUUUAUCCUGAGGAGUUGGAUCCUGUUUGGGGAAAUCCCUGUGACGAUCCGAGACAUCAAAAAAUAUGGUCUCGAAACAAGACAUGUGAUCAGCUACCGAGAUUUUUGGUAAUUGGUCCCCAGAAAACUGGCACAACUGCUCUGUAUACAUUCCUUUCGAUACAUCCAGCCAUCAGCAGUAACCUUCCCAGCCCCGACACUUUCGAGGAAAUUCAAUUUUUCAAUGGAAAAAAUUACUACAAAGGACUAGACUGGUAUAUGAGCUUCUUUCCUGCGGGCAAGAAUGAAAGCCUACGGUUCUUAUUCGAAAAGUCUGCAACCUACUUCGAUGGUGACCUUGUCCCACGUAGAGCACACGCUCUUCUGCCGAAAGCUGAACUUAUCACAAUACUUUUAUCUCCCGCACGACGCGCCUACUCUUGGUAUCAGCACACUCGGGUUCACGGCGAUCCUGUGGCAAAUAAUUACACUUUUCAUUCAGUCAUCACCGCAAGCGACACCGCACCGAAGCCCUUACGCGAUCUUCGAAACAGGUGUCUCAAUCCCGGAAAGUACGCGCAGCAUCUUGAAAGGUGGCUGUCGUACUAUACACCGCAACAGCUACACAUAAUCGACGGGGAGCAGUUGAGGCAAAAUCCUGUAGAAACACUUCACGAGCUUCAACGAUUUCUUAAGAUUACACCAGCUUUCAAUUAUUCGUCGCAUCUCAGAUAUGAUCCAAAGAAGGGUUUCUUCUGUCAAGUGACUAACGAAGAUCAUACUAAAUGUUUAGGAAAAAGCAAGGGACGUCAGUAUCCACCCAUGGAUGAUAAAUCGUACAAGCUUCUGCAAAGAUACUACCUCUCACACAAUACCGCGCUGGUAAAAUUGUUGAAGCGACUGGGAUCGAGGACGAUUCCACAAUGGCUUAAGGACGAUCUGACAGAUACGGUGAUGACUUAGCAAAAGCCGAGUGUCUCAAAACUGGAUCCUUGCUCAUCCUGUACUUUCGUCAUGUUAGUGGCAGCAGUUCAUGCUGUCGCCAACAAUUUGUAAUUACUUGUACAUUUUACACAUUAGCAGGGCCUAGCCUCUAGUAAUACCUCUAGGACCCGCGUCCGUGGAUCAGAUAGGAGGCCUAAGACGACUAGUCACUGAAAGGCUUUGUAAUGAGAACUUCAUUCGGAGCUAUUAAUUAUGCAAAUGUCAUUAUUAUUAUUAUGAUAUAAUCCAUUAAAUAGUUAUGAUCCAAGAAACACAAGGUAACAAUUUCAUAGUAUCAGCAAUGAUGAAAUGCCCUAUUUAAGUAUAUAGGAGUAAUAGUUAUAUGGUAUCUCAUGUACCUAACUGUUACAUCCUUGAGUAAGACAUUUAAACAUUGCCGAUAUGUAAAUGUUACUAGGGUAAAUCCAUCAAAAAAUAAACACCUUAAGUAAAUGGCUCCAUUGAAUGGAAACGUGCUAAAAUUACUAUAUAUAUAGAGAUAUAAUUUGAGUGAACGCGUCCAUUAGCUGGUGCUUGUUCAUUCACUCAUGGAAUCACCCAAUGUAUUUAUCAAAGGGCACUAUCAUUGUCUUGUCAAUAAUUUCCAAUGACAAAAUGGUCUGCGCACCACAUAAUCAAAAGAGAAUAUAUGAGCGAAUUACUUCUCUUGACUUGAUAUCCUUCUCAGACAAAAUCCUAAUUUUGCGAGGCCCAGGUAAAUCGUCUCAUAUUUUCUUUUCUCGCGUAAAUAAGCAGGACCACAGAGAAAAGGUGUUAGUGUCGAACUAGUGGGAGAAGGUAUCAAGACAGACUGUUAUUCCUAAUUGGUCCAUCUACCGAGAACGGCCAAACGGAUGCUCGAGAAGUAAUGAAACGCUGAGGGCGAAAUUGAAUGUAUGAGAUGAUGUAUGUUAAUAGCUGUUCACUCCGGCACGUGGCGAUUGGUAAAUUUUGCUAGAUACGUGUAGGUCUUACGAUGCUGCUACGUAUUGUCUAUUUUAACGUUAGUAUAUAAUCGUUGAAUGGCAUCAAUUCAACUUUUAAGAUCGAAUCAAAAACGGCCAUCUCUUGUAAUGCGACAACAACUCUCAACGUGGAAUUGUGCCUGUAUGUUUGAUGAUUGUAGUCUUAUUGAAGAAUAAUUUUAAUGUUGUGUUUAGAGUUUGACAGCACUGCUCUUGAUAGGUAGAAAAAAAAUCAAAACACGCUGUUAUUUUAUUAAUGUAAAAUAUUUACGUUUACCUUUAUACGUGUCGUGACUAACCACGCAACACGUAACUUGUGUUCAACUGAUGACUGUAAUUUACAUUUUAGGUUCUCAAUUUUACGCACGUCAUUUUUAUCGGUGGAUACGACCACGUAGCUAAAAACUCAACGAGUGAGAUAUCAUUUCUUCGGAAAGUAAUGUUUGUUCUUUCGGUGUGAAAGGAGGCGGGGCGCGACUCUAUUGCCGAUGCACCACCGUGAGCGCUCGUCUGCUGUUAUUGACCGAGAGCGACUAUCGGCUACAGGAGCCGUUAGAUUACUUUCUGUAUUCUACCGGGCGGCUGCUCGUUAACUCCUUAACGUUGCGUAUCUUAUGCACAGUUAUCUCGUCGCGAGAUGUGCCAUUUUAGGAGUAUUGUAUAUAAUAGGCACUAAAUGCAAAUUGUUCAGAGUCAAUAUAUAUUAAUGUGACGCGACAGCGAGGUGCAGAGUGCGACGACGUGUUUCCGCGUAGCCUGACAAUAAACGCAGAAACGGCACGCGCAGGUACAUAAAAUCUUUGUAAAUCCUCCAAGUAAAGGAAGGCUACUCUAUUAAAACUCACAUUUACUCACAUUCCUUCUACGAGUUUUCGCCUUGCGACGACAGUAAUAUUUUCCGUAUUGUCCCCGUGUCCUGGGCGAGUGUGUGAGAGAAUAAAAUGUCCGAAAAGAAACACUGUGGCAAAGGGCAUGAGAAUGAUUCAAGAGAAUGCUAAUUUAAUAUUUAACUUGUGAUUGUACGGUUGUAAAAUGCGGCGACAACUGCAUUAACAGUCGAAAACUUGUAAUAAAAUGAGAAUGAAAGAA